CCCGCCUCUCGCCUACCCGUCCGUCCCUCCCUCCCUUCCCUGCUCGCGGCUUCGGUAGGCGAAGCGCUGCGCUCCCCCGCCCCGGCUGCGGGCGAAGCGAGGCGCUGCGCCGCGGGAUCGGAGCGGGCGUGGGGCUGUUAUUGCUGCAGCUGCCCCGGGGACGAGAUUAAAGGAUUUACUUGGAAGACAAAUUAUUCUAUUCAUUAGAGACUGGACAAAAGUUUCUCUGGCUUUUGGUAAUUAAAGAUGCUGUUGCUGUGGAAACAGUUGUUCCUGCUUUCAUUUAUUGGCUGUCUUGGAGAUGAUGUGGAAUUACAAGGCCCAGUGUUCAUCAGAGAACCCAGUCACCAUAUUUUCCCAGUUGAUUCAGGGGAUAAAAAAAUAACUCUACAUUGUGAAGCCAGAGGCAAGCCUACACCACAUUACAGGUGGCAGCUGAAUGGAAGUGACAUUGAUCUAAGUAUGAAUUAUCGCUACAAGUUGAAUGGAGGAAAUCUUGUGGUUCUUAAUCCAAAUAUAAAUUGGGAUACUGGAAUAUACCAAUGCUUUGCAAUUAAUUCAUUUGGAACAAUUGUCAGCAAAGAAGCCAAACUCCAGUUUGCUUAUCUUGAAAGCUUUAAAACUAAAUUAAAACGUACAGUAUCCGUCCGAGAAGGGCAGGGUGUUGUGCUGCUUUGUGGACCCCCACCUCACUCUGGAGAGCUUUCCUACGCUUGGAUCUUCAAUGAAUAUCCAACAUUUGUUCAAGAAGGUAGACGGCUAUUUGUUUCUCAAGAGACCGGGCACCUUUAUAUAGCCAAAGUGGAACCAUCUGAUGUAGGAAAUUACACCUGUGUUGUGACGAGUACUGUAACAAACAGCCAAGUGUUUGGUUCCCCCACUCCUUUGGUGUUACGCACUGAUGGUGUUAUGGGUGAAUAUGAACCAAAAAUAGAGGUUCAGUUUCCAGAAACACUUCCAGUAGCUAAAGAUUCAACUGUCCAGUUGGAAUGCUUUGCCCUUGGAAAUCCUGUGCCUCAGAUUAGCUGGAGAAGAAGUGAUGGGCUGCCAUUUUCCAGUAAAAUAAAAACAAUGAAAGCAAAUGGAAUUCUUGAAAUUCCCAACUUCCAGCAGGAAGACUCAGGCUCAUAUGAGUGCAUCACUGAAAAUUCCAGAGGAAAAAAUAUUGCCAAAGGACGCCUCACCUAUUACGCUAAACCUCACUGGCUUCAAAUAAUACAGAAUGUUGAAGCUACAAUGGAGGAGAAUCUAUACUGGGAAUGUAAGGCAAGUGGAAAGCCCAAACCGUCUUACAGGUGGCUGAAGAAUGGAGAAACCCUGGUGGUAGAGGGGAGAAUCCAAAUUGAGAAUGGAGCACUCACGAUUACAAGCCUAAACCUAACAGACUCUGGCAUGUAUCAGUGCAUAGCUGAAAACAAACAUGGACUGAUGUAUUCUAGCGCUGAGCUCAAAGUUCUCGCUUUUGCUCCAGAUUUUUCUAAGAACCCAAUGAAGAAGUUAAUUCAAGUUCAAGUAGGCAGCCUGGUUAAUUUUGAGUGUAAACCAAAAGCUUCUCCUAAGGCAGUUUAUUCCUGGAAGAGAGGAGAUGAGCUACUCCAUGAAAAUGCAAGAAUAACUAUUUUAAAAGAAGGAGAACUCAGAAUAGCAAAUGUGACUAAAUUGGAUAUUGGAACUUAUACCUGUGUGGCAGAGAACCAGUUUGGAGUAGCAAGUAGCACAACUAAACUAAUAGUUGCAGAGCCAACUAGGAUAAUUUUGGGACCAUCAAACAUGGAUGUUUCCGUUGGAGAGAGUGUGAUCUUGCCUUGCCAAGUUCAGUAUGAUCCCCUACUAGACAUUAUGUUCACGUGGUAUUUAAAUGGAGUUCCUGCAGAUUUUAAAAAAGACGGAUCUCACUUCGAAAAAGUAGGUGGGAGUUCAGCCGGUGAUUUGAUGAUUAGAAAUGUCCAGCUAAAGCAUGGUGGAAAGUAUGUCUGUAUGGUCGAGACGGGAGUAGACAGUGUUUCAUCAUCAACAGACCUUAUUGUUCGAGGUUCACCUGGACCCCCAGAAAGUCUGAAAGUGGAUAAAAUAACAGACACCAAAGUCCAAUUGUCAUGGAAAGAGGGAAUAGAUAACUAUAGUCCAAUCACAUUCUACACAAUUCAGGCCAGGACGCCUUUCUCUGUGGGCUGGCAGAGAGUCGCAACAGUGCCAGAGGUCAUUGAUGGGAAAACGUUGACAGCAACUGUAGUAGAUUUAAACCCUUGGGUGGAAUACGAAUUCCGUGUUGUAGCUAAUAACAAAAUUGGAGGUGGAGAACCUAGUUCACCCUCAACAAAAGUAAGAACUGAAGAGGCAGCUCCAGAAGUACCCCCAUCUGAAGUAAGUGGUGGAGGAGGCAGUAGAUCUGAACUGGUUAUUACAUGGGAUCCCGUGCCUGAAGAGUUACAAAAUGGUGAAGGUUUUGGAUAUGUUGUUGCCUUCCGACCCCUUGGCCUUUCAACAUGGAUUCAGACAGUGGUUACAUCUCCAGAUACACCAAGAUAUGUCUUUAGGAAUGAGAGCAUUUUAUCAUUUUCACCGUAUGAAGUAAAAGUUGGUGUUUAUAAUAACAAAGGGGAAGGGCCAUUUAGCCCAGUGGCUACUGUAUUUUCUGCAGAAGAGGAGCCUGCCAUAGCCCCAUCUGGUGUCUUUGCAAAUAGCAUUUCGUCUUCAGUAAUUGAGGUUUCCUGGAAUGCCAUUCCUUGGAAAAGGAGCAGUGGACGGCUUUUGGGUUAUGAGAUACGGUACUGGACAAAUGGAGAAAGAGAAGGCUCAACCAACAGAGUCAAAGUUGCAGGGAAUGAGACAUCAGCGAGACUCCGAGGCCUGAAGAGCAAUUUAACAUAUUAUACAGCUGUACGAGCAUACAACAGUGCUGGCUCAGGACCCUUUAGUGCUACAGUUAAUGCCACCACAAAGAAAAUGCCUCCCAUCCAGCCACCCGGAAAUGUUGUAUGGAAUGCAACGGACUCUAAGGUAUUACUGAGCUGGGAACAAGUAAAAGCAAUGGAAAAUGAGUCGGAAGUAACUGGAUAUAAAGUUUUCUAUUGGACCAGCAGCCAAAGUAGCAUGAAAGUGCUGAACACAAAUAAAACAUAUGCCGAACUUUUCCUGCCUACCGACGAAGACUAUACUAUUGAAGUAAAGGCAAAAACUGAUGGUGGAGAUGGAACUAAUAGUGAACAGAUCAGGAUUCCAAGACGUACAAGUCAGAACUCCAGAGGAUCAAGUGCCCCCUUCAUGAGGGUCUCCCUUUUCCCAACCUGCAUACCAAUAGUAAUCUUCGUUAUUGUUCAUGUUGCCUUCUGGUGAUUGAUGUUUUCUUUCCCUGCAACGGUUGGUUACAAAAAAGUGCUUUCUCAAAUGCAGUGGUUAUGCAUGGUUUUCUCCUACUCUGUUUUUAAAAGGUUUCUAUUUCAUUGUUCUUUAAAAUAUGAAUACAACACAAAACAUGAGUAAGUCCUUUUAAGGAAUCUGAAAUGCCUUAAUACCUAAUUGAUGAACCAAAGGAAUUUAAGAAUUACAUCCAUCAGACAUAUUCUAAAAAUGUUAAGAGUAAAAGCAUUAUCCAAAAAUGGAGAGCCUCACAAAAGCUUAGAAGCACUUUUUCUUAAGCCAAGCACUAUUUUUCCAGUAAAACUGCAUUGUUUUGAGAAUUUCAUGAGGUGUUUGUAUUGAGAUGCUAUUAUUGAAAUUGACAGAAAAAUCUAUGUUUAUGUAAAAUGAUCUCCAUUUUGAUGGCAAACCUUGAAUAGAUUUGACUACUUAAAAGCAGUGUGCUUACAAGUUGUAUUUUUUCAAAGUGCGCAUACUGUGUUCUUUACUAUGUGAUGUUUUCGCUAUUAACUUAAUUACAUUACAAGAUGAGUAUUUCCAUAUGUUGUGAUUCCUAUGAGAGAAGAAAUUACUCUGUUGUUUCUCUGUAAACAGCGCUUUAAGUAUUAGUGAAACCGUUUGUAAAAUGUGCAAUGACCUGACUCCAAACCUAAAUCUUUAUACAAAACCUAAGAAGUUCUUUCCCAAUUCCCAUUAGAAAUCUCCCUCUACCUUUCCCGCCACCCAUCUUUCCUCACCAGUAUGUCUAUCAGUCUUGUUGGGGCUGACGUUCCAGAUGCAGAGUGCAUUUCACACAACUCCAGGACUGUGGUAAUGCUGGAGAUUUCAAUGGUGAUGAUGUGAUCUUUCAGAAUCUGGUAUUAAAGAGAUUAUUCCAAUCCCAUUUUCAUAGCAAAUGUAAAGAAUAUAUAAAAUGGGUACAUUGGCUUCAAAUUUCUUCAAAUAUAUAUAUAUAUUUUUUACUUCCUAAGUUCCCAUUAGUAUGACAGUUUACAGGGUCUUAUAGAUCUGUACUUUCAGUUAUUUUGAUUUAUAAACCUAUCAGAAUGUUAAAAACAAACAUCAAUAAGGAUAAAGAUUUGUAAAAUUCUUUUAUUUCCUUGGAAAAUUUUUGUGACUAUUUAAGGAUGAAAUUUAAGACAAUGGUAUAUUAAAAUGAGAAAAAAUGCCAACUCUUUAAGCAAGGUCUGUAUAUGUUGUAUAUACGUAAAAUAUAUAUAUAUAUAAAUGGAUAGUUGCUUUUCCUAUUGGCUGACAAUGAAUGUUUCCAAACAGUUGCAGACUGGGGAAGUAAAAUUUCUCAAUAAAUAUGUUUUCCAUGCUACAUGUAA